AUGAGGUCCGAGUCACGGAAGUUUAUGGACCUCCUUUACACCCCUACAUACCAGUUCGUCAACUGGGAUCCACUAACGGCGAUCAAUGUAGGCGACUAUGGAAUGGUCAACAAGGAGACUGGAGAAUUCGAACGGGAAGGGAACCUUUACACAUUGCAGAACGAUGUCGAUAUCGACAUGACGGACCCAGCACUACGCCCCAUAGAAACGGAAGGGGACGACACAUACAUCGUUAAAUCGUGGGGUGCCACCGUCGAGAACGUCGACACAACCAAAGAAGCCACUGUGCCUGGUGCAGGGAAUGUUGCUCUCAAAGUUGAGUUUGAGUCCGAUGGUAGGAGGCGAGCAGCUAUGAUGGUCAUGUACAAGGCAAAACACAUCAGCAUUCCCAACGAUGAGCGCAUCGUCAAGCUGAUCAAGUCCAAACCUGAUGUCCUCAAAGAGAAGUAUGUAGUCACCCAAGUGACGUGUUGCGCAGCAUAUGUGAUGUACAUGUCUACCACUGAAGUCGAAAAAUUUCCCGUGACACUUCAUGUCAACGGGCCUAUCGUACCGGCUGUCGAUGCUGGAGGAGCAACGAGUUUCACCUGGUCUUCAGGAACCAACCAUGGUGUUUACCGUGAGGGAAGCAAAUCGGGCGCAAAAUACAUGCCCAUCUAUAAGCUAAAGGAGCCUCGCUCAAAGUUCUGGGUGCCUCUCAGUGAACGCGGAAAUGAGAAAAUUGACGAUUCGAUCGAGAAAUGGGUGGCUGUCGACCCACCUUGGGAACUCAUCGACGAUGAUGGCGAAGAAGACCCAUUUUAUGAUGCAGAGAUGCAUGGUGACUUCGGCGUUUUCAAUGAUGGCUAUCCUGAUAAUUAUGAUGAUGACGACUACUGA